AUGGCACCAGCCUCAGGUUCGCAUGUCGACUCCAAUGCCUCGAGACAAGGCAUACGAUCGCCGCCAAAUCCGGCGGCUCACAUAUCGCAUCUCCGACCUCGCUACCCGACGGAAGCUCGCCGAAACGACUCGUUUCCCGCGGCCCAGCAGCUGGCCCAGUCAAUCUCGUCCACCGAAACGCCUGAAGCUGCCGUCACGGAAGGAGCGCAGCUGGAAGAAGCCCCGAAUCUCUUCAGCUCGUUGACAGGCUCUUUAGUCAGGGCCGCCGCUUAG